CGGAGGAGGUGUGCGUGGGGGCAUUUAUGCAGCCAGGUUGGGCUGGGGCUUGCAAGCGGGCGCCCGGGCGGGCUUUGUAGGGAGGGCGCAAUCGCGUUGCAAACGCCGCCGGCUUCUGAUCACGUCGCCUGCUUCUCAUCGGAUCGCCGCCGCCUUUGCGGGUGCCCAUCUUGCCAUGGCAGACCACAUGAUGAUGUCCAUGAACCACGGGGUGAACGGGCUGCAAGGCUACCGGAUGACGGUGAACGGGCUGCAGGGCCCUCCCCAGCAUGGGCAGCAUAUGCUAAGGACGAUACCUGCCAACCACCAGAUGAUGCCGUAUGGAAACCCCGGCCUGGAUGCGGGGAUGAGGCAACGGCCAGGCAUCAGUGGACAGAUGGGGCAUCACCAGGUGCCGAACACCAUGAUGUUCAGCAAUCCCAGCCAGCAGCAGCAACAGUACAUGGGACCCGUGGGCACUCAGCAGCUUAUGGCUAGCAUGCACUUGCAGAAACUCAAUACCCAGUACCAGGGCCAUCCUCUCAUGGGCAUGAGCAACGGGCCUGUGGGAGCCGGUGCACAGCAGUACAGAGUGGGACCCAGCCAGCACCCUGGCAUGCAGCAUAUGCCCUCUCCUGCUUUGACCUUGAACGUUAUGGACACGGAUCUCGUCGACGAAGAGGUUUUGACCUCCUUGGUCAUGGAACUGGGUUUGGACCGUAUUCAGGAGCUGCCGGAACUUUUUCUGGGACAGAACGAGUUUGACUUCAUUGCGGACUUUGUCAGCAAGCAGCAGCCCAGCGCAAUCAGCUGCUGAACGACUGGGAGCGGGUGCUUCCCCCCCUCCCCGUGGCUUGAUUUUAACACCUCUGUAACGUCUCCCUUUCAUGACCCCCACCCCGCACAAAUGCAUACAAGCUUUCUCGGCUAUCCCUCACCCACCUCCUAAACCACAACGGACAAUCAUUGGAGACUCGCACUGCAUUGCUCCUUCUCGGGGGGGAGGGGGGCUGUUUGUGUGUGUGCUUUUUUCUCUCUCUUGUGCUAUAGCAGGAGGCUUUUUGCAGCUCGGAAUGAAAUUCAAGAGACAGCCCAGUUUGAGGCUUGUUCGUGUGGCAGCUACAGAACUUUGGUCUCCUGGAAAAGGAAAUGGGGUUUCGUGAAAACUGUGUCUGGACUGCUGAGGAAAGGAUUGGGCAGGAUCUUGCUGUUGGCUUUACCAGUGAAGUUUGCAAGCUAUUCAGAACUCUCUAACCCAAUGGCUUUUGUUUCUUAAAUGGUUCUCCAAUCAGAAAGGGUGUAUGACUGGGAAAUAAUAAUGACAUGCCCCCUUAAUAUUGUGAAGCUGGCAACCAGUCGUUCUUCGAGUUAGAGGCCUCUUCCCUCAAGCUUUUUUUAUUACCCCCUCUUUUAAAAAUUAAAUUGGCAAAUGCACAAAUGACCCUCUCCCCAUCGCCAUAUAUCUAAAUAACCAGUCCACUUCAAACUUUGGUCAAAAAUAAAUUUGUCUUAGCUAAUUGGUUACAAGAUCAUAAGACUUCCAGGCAAUGACGCACAUGAGCUUCAAGCUGUCAUUUAGAUGAACUGGCUCCAAAAGUUUAAAAAGUUCUUGUAUAUUACUGUUUUUUUUUUAAAAAAAAAUCUUAUUUAUCUAAUAGCUCCCCCCCCCCCCAUCCUUAUUUAUUUGGAAAGACUAGGUUGAGCUUUCUUUUGAGAUUAUUGGGAAAAAUUGAAGAGGCGUGCAAGCCCCGUGCCACCCAAAGAACCGUGUUUCCAAUAUCCAUGAGAAACAAAAAAAAAAUUAACCGCAGCUACAAACAAGAUUUUUUUUUUUAAACAUCCUGGCGCACUCUUCUUUCUCCUAGGGUUUGAUUUGAAAGAUGAGUUUUACUUCUAAUUUGUGUUUCUCAGAAAAAGGAAAUGUUUGGUGUGCCUGGAAGCUUGCUCCCCUUUCGGUCUCCCUUAUUUCCAAAUGUGUCGGGGAAGGCAGAAUGUUCUGUCCACAGACUCUGAAGUUGCUACUGCCCCCUAUUGUUGAGAGCACAGAGCAGCACGUCAUUGUUGAUCAAUGAAGUGUGAAUGUACAGAUAAUGAUUUUCUCCCCCCCAAUAAAAUUUAAAACCUCAAACUGAA